AUGCAAGUAUUCUUGUUAAGUCUAUUUUCAACAGGGUUUUGUUUGAUUUUGUCUAUUUUUUUUGUUUCAUUUUAUUGGAAACAUAGAAUUUUGAAAAAGAUUGGAAUUUUGGGUGUUCAAGGUUCUGGAAAAACUGCUUUUUUUACAAAAUUAUGUUAUGGCUCUAAACAAAAGUCUUAUAUGUCGAUUUGUCCCAAUGAAUCUGUAUCUUGCUUUUUUCCUGGAAAAAAAGUAAUUUUGAUUGAUUUUCCUGGUCAUUCUAAAUUUUAUCAUAUGUUUCGUGAAACUGAUCAUCUUCAAUCUGUUAUUUUUAUGGUUGAUUCUUCAAUAAUUAUAAAGAAUGCACACCAUGUUGCUCAACAGCUUUAUUUACUUUUAAAAGAUCUGCGUGUUAAGAAAAUUAGAUCACUUUUGAUUGCUGCAAAUAAAGAUGAUUUAUUUACAUCUUUAUCAGCAUCAAAGAUAUCAUCUAUUCUUGAGGAAAAUCUUGAAGAAAUUUCAUUUUCUCGUUCAAAAAGUAUUGCUGAAAUGGAUGAGAAAGAUGAUGAUGAUGAUUGGUUGAUGAAUGCAGAGGGGAAGGUUCAAUUGAAUGAUAUACGGGGGCUCAAUAUUGUUGUUUUAAGCGGAAGCGUCGAAAAUGAUCGUUUUUCUAGUUGGACUGAGUGGAUGCUUCGUUCUAUAUCUUAA